AUGGAGGAAAGGAAAAUCAAGAGGAGGAGCCCCAAAUCAUCUACCAGUCAUCCUACUCAGGUUGCUAACUCCAAGAAAAACUCUGUGCCAGUCAGUAAAAGUAUAGCCUUUUCAAAUCCUGCACCACAGCCUGCAGUACAAAAACCAAAGCUGAAACGUGUAAUAAAAGAGAAAGCCAAACCUCCAGGAGAUGAAGCAAGAGGGGCACAGGCAGCACCAAUCCAGCAUUCUUUUCUCACAGAUGUGUCAGAUGUCCAAGAAAUGGAAAGAGGACUUCUGAGUCUCCUGAAUGACUUUCACUCUGGCAAACUUCAAGCAUUUGGAAACGAAUGUUCCAUCGAGCAGAUGGAGCAUGUGCGGAGUAUGCAAGAGAAACUUGCUCGCCUCAAUCUGGAGCUCUAUGGGGAGAUGGAAGAACUCCCUGAAGAUAAAAGAAAACUGGCCAGUGACUCCAACCUGGAUAGGCUGCUGUCAGAUCUAGAAGAACUGAAUUCAUCUAUCCAAAAACUACACUUAGCAGAUGCUCAAGAUAUUCCAAAUGGUACCACAGGCUGA